GCCGAGGCUCCCCGAGCGGAGCGGAGCGGAGCCGGGCCGGGGCGGGGCGGCGCUGCCGCCGCUGCUGGCGGGAGCUCGGCGGGGCGGUGCCUGGCGCGGACCGCCCGGCCCCACCGGCGGAGCAGCCGCGGGAGCGCGGCCCGGGCGACUCGGCCGCGGGCGGUUCUGGCGGCCCGAGCGCCGCGCCCUUCCCCGGCUCCAUGUCGGCGUGGCUCGGCCGGGCGGCGCUGCUGCUGGGGCGGCCGGGGGGCCCCGCCGCCGUCCCCUCGUCCUGCCUGGGCUCGCUGCGGGGCCCGCGGUGCUGCUGCCGCCGCCGCCUGGGCAGCCUGCGGGGCGGCGCCGAGGGGCUGCUCCUCCCGCGGGGGUCGCGGGCGCUCGGCACCCACCCCAAGAAGGAGCCCAUGGAGGCGCUGAACACAGCGCAGGGGGCCCGCGACUUCAUCUAUAGCCUGCACUCCACCGAGCGGAGCUGCCUGCUGCGGGAGCUGCACCGCUUCGAGUCCAUCGCCAUCGCCCAAGACCCCAUAUCAGCUAGGGGAGGCUGUCAGCAAUAUGGGGAGACCUGGGCACAUCAAGAACCAAAUGGGGCAAGUUCCUCAGCCCAUUCCCAGGCCUACCACCAGAAGGAUGCAGUUCCAGCAGCUAAUUGCCCUAGCAGGAAAUAUGACAGGACACACUAUCUGUGGCCUCCGCUAAUGGCAGAGGCUGCGGGGAAACCCAUCCCUUGCUGCGGCUGCUACGCUGAAGGACGGCCCUCAGAGAAGUUGGAGGUUGCACCACCAUCUCCAGGACAACUGAGACAUGUGUUCUUCCACAAUGCAUUACCUUUUGUAGGGUUUGGAUUUUUGGAUAACGCAAUUAUGAUUGCUGCGGGAACCCAGAUAGAAUUGUCAAUUGGAGUUGUCUUAGGAAUUUCAACUAUGGCAGCUGCAGCUUUGGGAAACCUUGUUUCAGAUUUAGCUGGACUGGGUCUUGCAGGCUAUGUGGAAGCUUUGGCUUCCCGACUGGGUCUGUCAAUCCCUGACCUGACACCCAAACAAGCUGACAUGUGGCAGACCCGUCUCAGUGCACACUUGGGUAAAGCUAUUGGAGUGACCAUUGGCUGCAUUUUAGGAAUGUUUCCUUUGUUGUUCUUUGGCGAGGAGGAAGAAAAACUGGAAGAAAAAUAAUUAUCUUUUUACAAGACAUAUACAAAUGUAAACUACUGUACCUCAAUUAUUCAAUUAUGCUGUCAAUAUUUAGGAAUUAACAGACAGUAAAAAAAAAUGUAUAGACUUGGGAACAAAACCUUCAGCAUGUCAUUUUAUGGAAACACUAAUUUAUUGUGGCCUUGUUGUGUUCAGUACUUCUUUUUAUAAGAUAUCAUCUAACUUUUUAUUUAAUUGUAAAUUUUUGAAGUGUUUUCACUUAUGGCAAGAUGUUUACCACUUUCCCCUUUGAACUUAUUCUUUAAUGGAUUAUUACUACAAUAAUCCAUCAUGGAUGACAGUAUCACUCUGGAGUUUCAUAUUGGUUGCUUAACAGUUGUAAUUGCAUGACAGAAAUAUCACUGGUGUUCAUCAGGUCCUUCAAUGCAGAUUAUUCAGGAGAUCAGUGAUGAGUAAUUUGAAGUCCCUCACUUUGCAAGGAGACUGGUUGCCCCUCACCAGCCAUCAUUUUGCACUGCCUUAGAUUAGGUAUUUCAGUGAUCUUUGACAGUAUAGUCUUGUUUUUUUUUCACAAUUCUGACUUAAGUGUCUCUGAAUUGUCUUCUGAGAUGAUCAUGUUGAUGCUUUGACAAGGUAAGUGUUUCCAGUGUAGGCUCUCUACCAAGUCCAUUUUAAGGUGGUGAUUUAACACCUUCUGUACUUCCAUAUUCAUGCCUCUUUUUUCCCUUUCUAAACAGUGUUUUGUGAAUUGAGUUGAAAUAUCCUUAAAUUUGUCUUCCUCUGUUUUGAGUGUGGUAUUAAAGAAUUCAGACCAACUGUUUCAAAACCACAAACAACUUUUUAAAAUUGUUCUGCUUAAUAUAAGGUGUGAAUAGUUGAUUGGGUAGAUGAGGCCAGGGAACAGUUCAGGGUAUGAAUGAAUGCUGGCAUUGCAAGCUUAUUAUGAGUGGUUCAGUUGAAAUAAUAAGUGUACCAUCAGUCUGGAUUAGAGGACCUGAUUUGAUGAUAAUACCUUCGUGUUUAAGAUUAAGCCUUUGCUACUCUUUUUUCCUGAGACAAUUAGUUAAAAAAAACCCAAAAAACAAAAUCAAAAAUAAGAGAAUUGAGGCCUUUUUCCUUUUUUUUUUACUUUUAUUUUUGUAGUCUUACUUGGCGUAUUAUAGACCUGACAGUGCAGUAUCAUGUAACUGUGCUUUUUUAUAUGGUUAUGAAUAAAAUGAUGACAACUAUUGAAUAUUCAUAAUAUUUCAGGAUCUUACUUGCCAAUAACAAAAUGCUAAACUGCUAAUUGUCCCUUAGAGGAGAAGGUUUCUUACUUGUUUGAACACCAUUUGGAAAAGGCACUUAAAAGUCGCACAGCCAAGGGGCUUUGAAAGUUGUAUUGCUGAAAUUGCUAGCACUUCUGAAACCUAGAAAGAAAUGUUAAAAAAAAAUCAAGUCCCCUGAUGAUUUUUAUUUGCUAUAGGAAAAGUCUUAUUGUAAUGUGUGUGUUUUACAAAGCUCAUUGCUUAUCCCAUUGUUAUAAAUCUGACUUUUCUGUUCUGAUUUCUAGAAGCCCUUUAACAGCAAUACUGAAACUGACUUUCAUGAAGGGUGACAUGAAGGGUAAUUGAAAUUAUAAAUCUGUUUCUUAAAAAGCAGAUGUUGAAAGCUUUGAGUGAGUAGUCCUAAUAGUAUGUGCUGUACUUUGCACAUUAAACCAGGAAAAUCUGGACCAAGCUGUAAAAGUGAAUGAAAGCUCAGCCAAGCAUCAAACACAAAUGCAGAGGAGUUUCAACUUGUGCUUCGAAGGUGGAUGCAUUAUUAAAAUAAAAUUAAAUAAAAAUCCAAAUAACAACAACGUCCACAACUCUAACAAAAAGAAAACCCACCAAAAAAAACCCAAUGCACAAAAACAAUCCAGAAAGGCAAUUAUGCACUCUUUCACCAACAGAUUGCUGCUGGUUUACAGUACUUCAGUGUUCAGAGGUUUUUUUACUCAUCCACACAUUUCUCCUGCCUUGAACUUUUAGCUUUUCUGCCUCUGCAUGCACUUUUGUUUCUAUACAAAAACAAAAGUGUAUGCAUUUUCCACGUUUUUCUUAAACUGAAGUACAAGUCAAAACAAUUUUGCAUAGCUUCUUUUGUUGUUGUUUUUACAAUUACUUCAACACUGUUUCCCAUUAUGAUACUGGCAUCUUGAUUGGAAUCUUCCGGCAGUGGCCAAAUCUGUUCUUUGGCAUUGUACCAUCACAACACUGUUUUCAUCACUCUGUUACAGCUCAUGAGAACAAUUGGAAGGUUGUGCCAGCUGUCACAGUAGUAUUUGUUUCAUAAUGGCAAUAGGAAAGACUGUGUACUAUUGUUAAAUAGCUUGUGCAUGUAAAUUGAGUACCUUUUGUUGCUGUAUGUCAAACUAUUGUACUGCAACCAGUGCUUUUAUUGAGAAUCAAUGAACUAAAGUAUCUUGAACGAAGUUAA